AUGGCAUCGUCUAGUACCCCACGCUUUGUCUAUCAACCCGGAGAAAUCAUCCUGGAGGUGGCAUCGCAUCUCUGCGUCUCCGACCUCAAUGGCCUCAUCCAGACAGCCCAGCGUUUUCAUGAGCUCCUGUCGCAGGAGUUGUAUGGCCGGGCGGCCACGCUGAUUCGGAACGAUGGCGAGACGCCCUUGAUCUGGGCGGCGAAACAGGGCCGAGUCGCCUGCGCUCAGAAGCUCGUGAGGCGAGACCCCGAUCCCGCGAGACUCAUCGAUGGCCGAGCUGCCAUUCAUGCUGCCACGGCCGCAGGGCAAGAGCAGAUUGUCGCGGUCUUGCUGGAAGCAGGCGUGCCCGUCUCCCUGCCCGAUAAGGAAGGGCACACACCCCUCCAAUGGGCAGUGGCCCAUGACCAGGAACUGGUCCUUCGCCGACUUCUCGCGUCCGGCGCUGGGAAUGUGACUACCCCAUCGGAUGAGAACUGGGAGUGGGGGUGCGCCUUGGUGGAUGCAGUGAUGAGAGGCCAUAAAUCAGUGGCUAGGAUUCUUCUCGAGGCUGGGGCCAGCAUCGCCCGGGACCAUCCCGCCUUCCCCAAGAUCCACGAGGCGAUCAACUUCAAGCUACGCUUGGCCUCGCAUCAGGGACAGUGCGAAAUGAUCAGCCUCCUGUUAGAGUUCGAUGCUGACGCGCAUCUCCUUCGCACGGGGAACCUGCUCCCGUUGCAUAUCGCGGCAUCACACGGACACCUGGAUGCAGUCCAGCUCCUGCUCCAGCACGGCGCCGAUAUCGCCGCCGUCGAUGAACAGGGAGAUAUGGCCAUCCACCACGCAGCCGCCGCGGGCAGUGUGGAGGUGGUAAAAUUCCUGCUGGAUCGGGGAAUCCCGGUGGACGUGCGCGGGGAGGCGGAAAAAACCGUCUUAUUGACUGCGGUGAUCUAUCAACGAGCCGCCGUCACGCAGUUGCUGCUGGAAGCCGGAGCCGAUGUGAAUCUGGUCGAAGAGGAUGGGCACAACGCCCUCCGCCUAGCCGCGUACUGUGGGACGAUCGAGAUCGUGGAAUCACUGCUCGCCCAUGGUGCUGCCGUUGGCGCGCUAGCACCGGAUGAUCGAACCGUCCUACAUAUGGCCGUAGUGGGUGACAAUCCAGAUGUCAUCCCCUCGCUAUGUCGCCCAGGCGCCGCGAUCAAUGCCCUGGAUGCGUCGGGAUACACGGCCCUUCAUUUGGCCGCCGCCCUUCCCGGACGUACUGCACUCGCCCGCCUGCUUCUGGAGAUGGGGGCAGAGAUAUCCGUCUCCUCAGGGGAUGGACGGACGCCGCUGCAUUUCGCUGCCUGGACUGGCCAGGAAGACCUCCUACAACUGCUGGUGGAUGCUGGCGCCGAAGUAGGCGCCGUCCAUAGCGACGGAGGUCAUACGGCCCUGCACUACGCCGCCGUUCAGGGAAGUGUCGAUGCAUUUCGGGUUCUUCUACAGGCUGCUGAAGCCGAGAAGCUUGAUUGGCUCCGCCCAUGCUGGUGCGGAGGAACCGUCUUGUCUAAGGCCGCGGGCAAGGGUCACCGAGGCAUUAUCGAGUUGAUAGUGGAAAACGGCGUGGAUGUGACGGCGUGCUAUGAUGGGUCGUCCGCCCUGCACGCGGCCGCGGCGGCUGGAGAGACUGAUCUCGUCGAGUUCCUGUUGUCCUUGGGGGCGGAUCGGUUGCAACUGGACUGGUUCGGUCGAUCCUCCAUCGACUGGGCCGUUCGACAUCCGCCGACGCUGGACAAGCUAAUUAGACAUGGUCCCCUGUCGGCUCCUUCACUCGAUGAAGAGAAACGGAUAUCGGCCCUGAGGGAGGGCAUCACCAUGCUUGCCACCCGAGCCCUAAGGGAGGGGAAGUCGGCCUCGUACCGGCUGGGAAAGUGCCUGCUCUACAUGAACGAUGUCUCCGCGGCCCGCACGGCAUUUCUGUACGAUGCGAAUGUCCCAGACGGUGCCCCGGCCGUGUGCGAUCUUUGUAAAGAGAGUCCGACAGUCACAGAAGGACGAUUUGUAUGUCAAACCUGUCCCGAUAUAGAUCUCUGUGGCCCGUGUGUGGACCAGUACUACCAGGAGAAGCUCCAAAUCCGGUUGUGUGAUGGACAUCAAUUUUUAGAGGUUCAGGCCUCUAGCGACGAGCUUCUGGCUAUGCAGGCCAAUGAAUCCAGAGAGUCGUGGCUCCGCGGCCUCCUUGCAAUGUACGAUAGUUCUACCUAG